AUGUAUAGCACAAUUGCUAAAAAUACAGGAAAUAGUGAUAAACAAGUAGCUAACAUGCUAAUUGCCGGAUUCACUGGCCAACUAAAAGGCUGGUGGGACAAUUAUGUUGAUGAAAAAACUCAACAAGCUAUUCUUAAUACAGUAAAAACAGAAAAUGGAAUAACUACUCCCAAUGUGGUAUACACUCUUACUUGUACCAUAAUAGAACAUUUUACAGGAAGAUGGUCAGAUAAUUCUGAAAACAUUCGUACCUUAUUAAAUGGAUUAUUUUGUAAAACUCUUACGUCCUUUCGAUGGUAUAAGGAUACUUUUCUAAGUAGAGUUAUGGAGCUUAAUGAUUGUAAUAGUGUUUAUUGGAAAUCAAAAUUCAUAGAUGGUUUGCCAAAUCUUUUUGCUGAAAGAGUUAAAAACCAACUAAGAAUAGAUAAUACAAUUCCUUACGAAGAUUACACAUAUGGAAAAUUAAUAGGAACUUGUAUACAGGAAGGUUUGGCCCUAUGUAGUGAAAUAAAACUCAACCAUCAAAUAAAAACCCAACAUCUUAAUGAAAAAAGACAAUUAGGAGAAUUUUGUGAUCAGUUCGGAAUAGAAACCAGUAAAAAUAAGAAGAAACAGAGAAAAGAAUUUCAACAGAAAAAAAGAUUUUAUAAAAGAAAACAUAACGAUUUUAAUAGAAAAGAUAAACACAUAAAAAAGAAAUUUAUUAAAAAGGAAAAUAAAAAACCUCCUACUUGCUUUUCAUGUGGAAAAACCGGUCAUUAUGCUAAUAAAUGCAGAAAUAAAAAAAUAAAGAAACAAAUUAAUAAUAUGAAUAUAAGUGAGGACAUAAAACUUCAAUUAAUAAAUUUAAUAGAUAAUUCGUCAGACGGCGAGGAAAUCUCAGACAAUAAUUCUGAUAUCAACAUGACAGAUUAUGAUUCUAAUUAUGAUUAA